UGAAAACUGGUCGUUGUUAAAAAGCAAAUAAAACUACUCAGAAAGUUAGGAAGGUUCGGGAAAUGGCACAAGCUAUGGCUUCAAUGGCUGGCAUGCACGGCUCCUCCCAGGCAGUUUUGGAGGGCAGCCUCCACCUAAGUGGCUUGUCACGCUUGAACACGGUCAGCAGCACCAGCAGGCUAGCCGUGGCGAGGUCCGGGCUCACCAUCAGAGCCCAGCAAGUGCCUUCGGAGCCUGAAACUAGCCGUAGGGCCGUGCUUGGUCUCGUCGCGGUUGGUUUGGCCUCCGGGUCAUUUGUCCAAGCUGUGCUUGCUGAGGCUAAGCCCAUCAAAGUCGGUCCCCCUCCACCACCCUCCGGGGGAUUGGCUGGAACCCUAAACUCGGAUGAGGCAAGAGACCUUGACCUGCCAUUGAAGGAGAGGUUCUUCAUCCAACCACUCACUCCGGCUCAGGCAGCCGCGAGGGCGAAGGAGUCGGCCAAGGAGAUUUUAGCUGUCAAGGAGUACAUUGACAAAAAGGCAUGGCCUUACGUCCAGAACGAUCUUCGUCUCAGAGCCUCAUAUCUCCGUUAUGACCUCAAGACCGUCAUUUCUGCCAAAUCUAAAGCCGAGAAGGAGCCCCUCAAGGAACUCACCGGAAAGCUCUUCAAGGACAUUGACGGCUUGGACUACGCAGCAAAGAUCAAGAGCACCCCGGAAGCAGAGAAGUACUACGCCGCAACCGUAUCUUCCCUCAAUGAUGUUCUUGCAAAGCUUGGCUAAAACCCUAAAAUGGAUUAAUGUAUUUGAUGUAUAAGGCUUUUUAAGAGCUUUGUUUGACUGUUUAUGAGAUCAAAUCGUUUGGACGCUAUUUGGAGGAAAUCUAGUGAUAUUUAAGCAUCA